GAUUAGAGGCAGAGGAGGAAAAAAAAGCGAUGAGUUCGACAAAUAUAUGGAGCACAGGAAGCUCAGACUACUCGACUCCUGUAUUUUCACAGAAAAUGACGGUGUGGAUUCUGCUCCUGCUAUCGCUCUACCCCGGUCUCACUAGCCAAAAAUCUGAUGAUGACUAUGAAGAUUAUGCUUCUAACAAAACAUGGGUCUUGACUCCAAAAGUUCCUGAAGGUGAUGUCACUGUCAUCUUAAAUAAUCUCCUGGAAGGAUAUGACAAUAAACUUCGGCCUGAUAUAGGAGUGAAACCAACAUUAAUUCACACAGACAUGUACGUGAAUAGCAUCGGUCCAGUGAAUGCUAUCAAUAUGGAAUAUACAAUUGAUAUAUUUUUUGCACAAACAUGGUAUGACAGACGUCUGAAAUUUAACAGCACCAUUAAAGUCCUCCGAUUGAAUAGCAACAUGGUAGGGAAAAUCUGGAUUCCAGACACUUUCUUCAGAAACUCCAAAAAGGCUGAUGCACACUGGAUAACCACCCCUAAUAGGAUGCUGAGAAUUUGGAAUGAUGGUCGAGUGCUCUACACCUUAAGGCUGACAAUUGAUGCAGAGUGCCAAUUGCAGUUACACAAUUUUCCGAUGGAUGAACAUUCCUGCCCCUUGGAGUUCUCCAGCUAUGGCUAUCCACGUGAAGAAAUUGUCUACCAAUGGAAGCGUAGUUCUGUUGAAGUGGGUGACACAAGAUCUUGGAGGCUUUAUCAAUUUUCAUUUGUUGGACUAAGAAAUACCACUGAAGUAGUGAAGACGACUUCUGGAGAUUAUGUGGUCAUGUCUGUCUACUUUGACCUGAGCAGAAGGAUGGGAUACUUCACCAUCCAGACCUACAUCCCCUGCACACUCAUUGUUGUCCUAUCCUGGGUAUCUUUCUGGAUCAAUAAGGAUGCUGUUCCAGCCAGAACUUCUUUAGGUAUCACCACUGUCCUGACAAUGACCACCCUCAGCACCAUUGCCCGGAAGUCACUCCCCAAGGUCUCCUAUGUUACAGCAAUGGAUCUCUUUGUAUCUGUUUGCUUCAUCUUUGUCUUCUCUGCUUUGGUGGAAUAUGGCACCUUGCAUUAUUUUGUCAGCAACCGGAAACCAAGCAAGGAUAAAGACAAAAAGAAGAAAAACCCUGCCCCUACCAUUGAUAUUCGCCCAAGAUCAGCAACCAUUCAAAUGAACAAUGCCACUCACCUUCAAGAGAGAGAUGAAGAAUAUGGGUAUGAGUGUCUGGAUGGCAAGGACUGUGCCAGUUUCUUCUGCUGUUUUGAAGACUGUCGAACAGGAGCUUGGAGACAUGGGAGGAUACAUAUUCGUAUUGCCAAAAUGGACUCAUAUGCACGGAUCUUCUUCCCCACUGCAUUCUGCUUGUUCAAUCUGGUUUAUUGGGUUUCCUACCUUUACCUGUGAAAGAGGUAUGGGUUUUAUUGAUGUGGGUCUUAUUCACUAAAUCUCAUGGAGAGAAGAUGUCCUUUCUAAGUCCACUUAAAUAAUCCCCUGUGUGGUUUAUGGUACUUUUGAAUUUGUUUCUAUGUUCUAACCUGCUAAA